AAACUCACGUCGAAAAUUGUGAACAUCAACAUGCGCAAGAGCAGCCCUGAAUGUGCGUGCACCACUCAACCAUUUUGCAUUCUCUAUGCAGCUCUUGCGCCCUGCCCACAAACAUUCAGUAUCCUGAAGUCUGCAUAUCGGAUAUGGCAAGACCACCUGCGGGCGCAAAUCAGUAUCUUAUGCGAGGAGGAACAUACCGCAGACAUGAGAUGCAGCUGAGGAAGAAGAGUGGGAGAGGGAAGCAACAUCUACGUUGGAAACACUAGGUAGCAUUCACGUGGAGGACGGGUACUGUUUACAUACAUCCGUCUAUUUUCCAUGUGCUGACCGUCAAUUAGUCCUACCGCAGACCACGCAUUACAUGUCUCUCAGCUGGCGAUCAUCGAUCUCCUCGAUCGGACAAGUUCCGAAUCAUCAUAGUAAGUCGAAACAAGUGCGUUGACAUUCUCUAACAAAGCAGCAGGUAUCCUACAAUGACGUGUUUCUUCAUGACGCCACCUCUGCCUUUAUUUGCAGAUGAUCGAC